GAACUUCGAGUCAGGAAGGGCCGAAUGUUACAAUUGUAUCUCCCGCCAAUAUCCCCAUCCCUAAUUAUGUGCUUGUCUCUGCCAGAUGGCGGGUCAAUUAGCCAGACGCCUUUGUCUACCUGUUGUAAAAGGCAGUAGAGGGUAAACCGUCUGAGCGACAGGACCAUAAGAGGGGGCUUUGUUUAAACGCUGGCUUUCCCUCGCGGAUUAUUUUUCCAUUCCCUUUUCGCGUGUUCCCUUUUUUUUUGUGUAACUGUGCGAAUCCCAAGUACAGGGACGGAAUACAACUAUUUCGUUGAACUAUUUAAUUGCCUCUUUCGAGGGUAAAUCCCAGUGUUCUCGUUACGAACGUAACACCAUUAUUUGUGUCACAAUAAUUCAAACUCGACUUUAAUUGACGCCAUUCAACUCUUAAUCCAACUGGGAAUUGAUGUCAAUGCAAAGAACAACGAGGGAAUGAAUGCGCUCCAUUUUUUGUGUUGGAAUAAUUCAAACUCGACUUUAAUUGACGCCAUUCAACUCUUAAUCCAACUGGGAAUUGAUGUCAAUGCAAAGGACAACGAUGGAAUGAAUGCGCUCCAUUAUUUGUGUCAGAAUAAUUCAAACUCGAAUUUAAUUGACGCCAUUCAACUCUUAAUCCAACUGGGAAUUGAUGUCAAUGCAAAGGACAACGAUGGAAUGAAUGCGCUCCAUUAUUUGUGUCAGAAUAAUUCAAACUCGAAUUUAAUUGACGCCAUUCAACUCUUAAUCCAACUGGGAAUUGAUGUCAAUGCAAAGGACAACGAUGGAAGGAAUGCGCUCCAUUAUUUGUGUCAGAAUAAUUCAAACUCGAAUUUAAUUGACGCCAUUCAACUCUUCAUCCAACUGGGAAUUGAUGUCAAUGCAAAGGACAACGAUGGAAGGAAUGCGCUCCAUUAUUUGUGUCAGAAUAAUUCAAACUCGAAUUUAAUUGACGCCAUUCAACUCUUCAUCCAACUGGGAAUUGAUGUCAAUGCAAAGAGCAACUUUGGAAGGAAUGCGCUCCAUUAUUUGUGUUGGAAGAAUUCAAACUCGAAUUUAAUUGACACCAUUCAACUCUUAAUCCAACUGGGAAUUGAUGUCAAUGCAAAGGACAACGAGGGAAGGAAUGCGCUCCAUUAUUUGUGUUGGAAGAAUUCAAACUCGAAUUUAAUUGACGCCAUUCAACUCUUCAUCCAACUGGGAAUUGAUGUCAAUGCAAAGGACAACGAGGGAAUGAAUGCGCUCCAUUUUUUGUGUUGGAACAAUUCAAACUCGAAUUUAAUUGACGCCAUUCAACCCUUCAUCCAACUGGGAAUUGAUGUCAAUGCAAAGAGCAACUUUGGAAGGAAUGUGCUCCAUUAUUUGUGUCAGAAUAAUUCAAACUCGAAUUUAAUUGACGCCAUUCAACUCUUAAUCCAACUGGGAAUUGAUGUCAAUGCAAAGGACAACGAGGGAAGGAAUGCGCUCCAUUAUUUGUGUUGGAAGAAUUCAAACUCGAAUUUAAUUGACGCCAUUCAACUCUUAAUCCAACUGGGAAUUGAUGUCAAUGCAAAGGACAACGAGGGAAUGAAUGCGCUCCAUUUUUUGUGUUGGAAGAAUUCAAACUCGAAUUUAAUUGACGCCAUUCAACUCUUCAUCCAACUGGGAAUUGAUGUCAAUGCAAAGGACAACGAUGGAAUGAAUGCGCUCCAUUAUUUGUGUCAGAAUAAUUCAAACUCGAAUUUAAUUGACGCCAUUCAACUCUUAAUCCAACUGGGAAUUGAUGUCAAUGCAAAGAGCAACUUUGGAAGGAAUGCGCUCCAUUAUUUGUGUUGGUUCAAUUCAAACUCGAAUUUAAUUGACGCCAUUCAACUCUUCAUCCAACUGGGAAUUCCUGUCGUAUCCGAUGACAUCGAUGCACGCUCUUUAUUACGCAGGAACAAUAAAAUAAAAAACAAGGACGAAAUCCUAAAACUACUGGACGAAGUAGCUCCCUCAAACGAAGCAGCUCCCUCAAACGUGAGCUUCUUUCGGCAUUUUUUUUCCGCAAAAUAAGGCGAUUGUCUCAUACUCGAAAUCUUUAACCCCUAAAAUGGUCAAAUUUCUCGCUUUCUUGGCUGUAACACACCGACUGAUUGACUGUUCCUU